AUGUCUCUUAUGACAGCAAAUCUAUCCAGUCAAAUACCGACUGUAUUAUUUAUGCUUGGAAUUAUUUGUAUCAUUGGUAUACUUGGCAAUAUUCUAGUGAUAAUUGUUUACGCCCUGAAACAUGACCGGUUAACAGCUACCCUGUUUAUUCUCGUGCUGGCUAUCUCAGAUUUUUUAGCCUGUGUUACACUUAUCCCUGGUACAAUGAUUAUUGAAUAUCUUGAAUGGAAUAUUGAUUCAACAUUUCUGUGUAAAUUCUAUUAUUUUAUUAAUAAUUCAUUCAUCCCAUUUAGUAGUUUAUUGAUUAGUUGUAUAGCAUUUGAUCGAUACUUUUGUCUGUGUCAUCCAUUCAAGAAUAUACUGACAAGAGAAUGCGCUAAACGUGUAAUAUUCAGUUUAAUUUGUAUAUGCUUACUGUUAGGGUUUAGUUCAACGUUUACUGUACGUGUUGAGAGGAGUAGACCGGAACAAGAUGCUAUGCAUGAUUAUAAGAAUGAUAAUAAUGAUGGCGGGAAUAUAACAUUUAUGCAGAAUAACAAUAAUAAUAAUAAUAACAGUACAACACCAGUGACUACACUCUACUUGCUGACAUCUUAUUCAAACAUUUCAAUUGAUUUAUCUAAUCCAAUCGGGGAUGAGAAAUAUGAGUGUACAGAGAUAACCAGAUUAAAUCAUACAAUGAUUGAAGAUGUCCUAUAUAAAAUUGUACAAAAAUUUCAAACGUGUAGUUAUAUUCUGUGUAUUAUUUGUGUGGUUACUCUGUAUGUCUUAAUUUAUCGAUCAGUAUCAAAAGUAAGUUUUGAUAUAUAUUAUCUUUGUUUGUUUUUUUGUUUGUAA